AGUUGGAUUAGCAAGCCUAACUUUUUCAGAAAUAAUAAAUAUAUAUCUAUUUCCUAUUCAUUUUCCCUUCACCAACUACACUCAUUCUCAUCUCUGCACUCUACCCAAUUAAUUAUAGGUAAUUAAUUGAUGGCGCAAAUUCUGCUGCACGGGUUUCUCCACGCCACAAUCUAUGAGGUCGAUAAGAUCAAGAAUAUUGGUGGACGCAACAUUUUUUCCAAGAUAAAACAAAACUUCGAGGAGACAAUUGGUUUUGGAGACGGAGUGACCAAACUUUAUGCAACCAUUGAUUUAGAGAAAGCAAGAGUGGGAAGGACCAGAAUCAUAGAAAAGGAGCAUACUAAUCCAAAAUGGUACGAGUCUUUUCACAUUUACUGUGCCCACUUGGCAUCAGAUAUCAUAUUCACUGUGAAAGAUGACAAUCCUAUUGGAGCAACCUUAAUUGGAAGAGCCUAUGUGCCAGUUGAGGAGGUAUUGGGUGGUGAGGAAAUAGAUAAAUGGGUUGAAAUAUUGGAUGAGCAUAAAAAUCCAAUUCAUGGAGAUUCAAAGAUCCAUGUGAAGCUGCAAUUUUUCGAUGUUACACAUGACCGAAACUGGGCUCUAGGCAUUAGAAGUCCUAAAUUUCCUGGAGUUCCUUAUACUUUCUUCACACAAAGACAAGGAUGUAAGGUUUCUCUGUACCAAGAUUCUCAUAUCCCAGACAACUUUGUCCCUAAUAUACAACUUGCAGGAGGACAAACUUACAAGCCUCAUAGAUGUUGGGAGGAUAUUUUUGAUGCAAUCACAAAAGCAAGGCACUUAAUAUACAUUACAGGAUGGUCUGUUUAUACUGAGAUUUCCUUGGUAAGGGAUUCAAGGAGGCCCAAGCCAGGAGGAGACACAACACUUGGUGAGCUUCUCAAGAAAAAAGCACAAGAAGGUGUUAGGGUAUUAAUGCUUGUUUGGGAUGAUAGAACAUCAGUUGGUUUGUUAAAGAAAGAUGGUUUGAUGGCUACUCAUGAUCAAGAAACUGCGGAAUUCUUCCAAGGCUCUGAAGUGAACUGUGUUUUAUGCCCUCGCAAUCCAGAUAAUGGUGGUAGCUUUAUUCAGGACAUAGAAAUUGGCACCAUGUUUACUCAUCAUCAGAAAAUUGUUGUGGUGGACAGUGAGUUGCCAAAUGAAGCAGGGUUAGAUAAGCGAAGAAUUGUGAGUUUUGUGGGAGGCAUUGAUCUCUGCGACGGAAGAUAUGAUACUCCGUUUCAUUCACUUUUCAGAACCUUGGACACAGCACAUCAUGAUGAUUUUCAUCAGCCUAACUUUCCUGGUGCUACAAUACAAAAAGGUGGUCCUAGGGAACCUUGGCAUGACAUCCAUUCAAGACUUGAAGGUCCCAUUGCUUGGGAUGUUCUGUUUAACUUUGAGCAGAGAUGGAGGAAGCAAGGUGGAAAGGACUUGCUUAUUCCAUUGAGAGAGCUUGAAGAUGUCAUUAUUACCCCAUCCCCGGUAACUUUCCCUGAUGAUCAAGAGACAUGGAACGUUCAGUUAUUUAGAUCGAUUGAUGGUGGAGCUGCUUUCGGGUUCCCAGAGACUCCUGAAGAUGCUACUAGAGCAGGGCUUGUGAGUGGGAAGGAUAACAUAAUCGAUCGCAGUAUCCAAGAUGCUUAUAUCAAUGCUAUUCGACGUGCAAAGAAUUUCAUCUACAUUGAAAAUCAAUAUUUCCUUGGAAGCUGUUUCGCGUGGAGUGCUGAUGGUAUUAAGCCUGAAGACAUUGGUGCUUUGCAUCUCAUCCCAAAGGAGCUUUCACUUAAGAUUGUUAGUAAGAUUGAAGCUGGGGAAAGGUUCAGUGUGUAUGUUGUGGUUCCAAUGUGGCCUGAGGGUGUCCCAGAAAGUGCUUCAGUUCAAGCAAUAUUGGACUGGCAGAGGAGAACAAUGGAUAUGAUGUACAAAGAUGUUAUUGAAGCUCUAGCAGCUAAGGGAAUUGAGGAAGAUCCUCGGAACUAUUUGACAUUCUUCUGCCUUGGCAAUAGAGAGGUGGUGAAAGAAGGAGAAUACGUGCCUACUGAAAAACCAGAGCCUGAUACAGAUUACAUGAGAGCCCAAGAGGCCAGGCGUUUCAUGAUUUAUGUUCAUGCCAAGAUGAUGAUAGUUGAUGAUGAAUACAUAAUCGUUGGAUCUGCCAACAUCAACCAAAGAUCAAUGGAUGGUGCUAGAGACUCUGAAAUAGCAAUGGGUGCUUAUCAGCCCUAUCAUUUGGCUAAUAGGCAGCCUGCAAGGGGGCAGAUUCAUGGUUUCCGCAUGUCAUUGUGGUAUGAGCAUCUUGGCAUGCUUCAUGACUCAUUCCUCCAUCCAGAAACUGAAGAUUGCAUUAGGAAGGUGAAUCAAAUUGGGGACAAGUAUUGGGAUCUCUAUUCUAGUGAGACACUUGAGCAUGAUCUCCCUGGCCACCUCCUUCGCUAUCCUAUUGGGAUUUCCGGCGAAGGAAAUGUGACAGAGCUUCCAGGCUUCGAAUUCUUCCCUGACACCAAGGCUCGUGUUCUUGGGGAAAAAGUUGAUUACCUUCCACCUAUACUUACUACCUAGUUUCAUUUUAUGUUUUGUUCACUAAAUAUAUUACUUAUGGUGUGAGAGUGAGCAAUGGAGGGGAAAUGGUCCUGUGAAACUGUUUUUCUUUUCAAAAAUGCUAAUAAGCUUGAGAUAUUUAAAGGAGAUUGCUGUUGACUUUUAUUGGUAGUUUUUUCAUCAAUGUAAGUAUUUAACUAUUGUGUAGUGAAACUGCUGAGUCCAUUGUGAUGUCUGUGUGCUGUAAGUGGAUUGCAUCUUCAAUGACACAACACAACCAAUUUAGAGUUUUUAUUAAGAAGAUCUUUUACUCUUGAAAA